GGAACCAUUCCAGAAAAAGAGAAGUCACUCCAAAAGAAGAGAAAUCACUUCAACUGGAACGAAAAGAAGAAGAAGAUCUCCCAAAAGAAAGCAUUCCAGAAGGUGAAGAUCCUCCAAAAGGAAGAUACUUCGGGGGUUAUUUCAGUGGAGAAGAUACUCCGAAAGAAAUAAAAAAGACAACACCACGCAAGCAG